UAACAACAAAAAUAAUAUUGCCAUUAAUCAAAACAAUAUAUUACCUUUUAUUGUUCGUUUCAUUUAUAUCUAGAUAUAAUUUACUGCCAAAACUAUUAUUACAGUAUAAAAGUAUUGUCAUUUCAAAUACAACAAACGUAUGAGUGUUUUGAAUGAAACAAUCUAUGAAAGAAUGGAUGACAGAAAAGACAAUAUUAUUCCCAUUGAAGAUCAGGGAUACGAUCGCGAGCAAGAUGCUGGUAGCGGGUGUUGUGCAGUGUUAUUAAAAAUAUUUUCAAUUUUUCUCAUUGUCUGCACCCUUCCCUUUUCGCUAUUCUUUUGCAUUAAAGUGGUGAACGAGUAUGAAAGAGCUAUUAUUUUCCGUUUGGGACGUUUAGUUAAGGGUGGCGCUCGAGGACCUGGAUUAUUUUUCAUCAUACCAUGCAUUGAUUCGUACCGAUGCAUUGAUAUCAGAACCGUGUCAUUCAAUGUUCCGCCGCAACAAAUCCUAUCGAAAGACUCGGUGACCGUAACGGUGGACGCCGUUGUCUACUACCGGGUGUUUAACCCAACCAGCACUGUAUGCAAUGUCGAGAACUACACUUACUCUACCCAACUAUUGGCCGCCACAUCACUCCGCAAUAUAUUGGGCACAAAAUCGCUGUCAGACAUAUUGUCGGACAGGGCGUCCAUCUCAAGCACGUUGCAGGUUGUGCUCGAUGAGGGCACCAAUCCCUGGGGUGUUAAAGUUGAACGUGUUGAAAUUAAGGACGCUCACCUCCCGGUCCAAAUGCAAAGGGCUAUGGCGGCCGAGGCUGAGGCCAGUCGUGAUGCCAGGGCCAAGGUGAUCGCAGCGGAGGGCGAACAGAGAGCCUCCCGGGCCCUCAAAGAAGCGGCAGAUGUGAUAAGUGAGUCGCCGGCAGCCCUACAGCUCCGGUAUUUGCAGACAUUGGCCACAAUCGCCACCGAAAAGAACUCGACGAUUGUGUUCCCGAUCCCGUUGGAAAUGUUUAAAGGAUUUUCAGCGCCUUCAAUGCCAUCAAUCCCUUCUGGAAUUAAGAGC